AUGGGAGACCUCGACCCGUUGUUUAUGACAAACAAGAACCUCGGUAUAAGGAAGACGCCACAAACGUCCGUUGAGUACAUCCUUGAGCUUCUUUGCUUGUGCUCUUGUAACCGGCCCAAUUGGUACUUGAAGCAGUCUUAUAUUGUGUACAUGGGAGCACAAUCGCAUCUAUUUGAUGCUUCAUUGCAAGAACUUGACAGUGUGACGAAUUCUCAUUUAGACUUGCUUGGAUCAUUCGUAGGAAGUACUGUGAAGGCUAAGGAUGCAAUCAUUUACUCUUAUACAAGACAUAUCAAUGGUUUUGCUGCAAUUCUUGAUGAGAAAGAAGCAGCAGAGAUUGCAAAGGAUCCAAAAGUAAUAUCAGUAUUCCCAAACCUACCAAGAAAACUGCACACAACCCGGUCGUGGGAAUUUCUUGGGCUUACUAAAGAUGGACAAAUUCCUGAUUCAUCAGCAUGGAAAGCAGGGAGGUAUGGUGAAGACGUAAUCAUUGGAACCCUUGACACUGGUGUUUGGCCGGAAUCAAGGAGCUUCCAAGAUACGGGGCUUGGUCCCGUCCCAGCCAAAUGGCGUGGCAUCUGUCAACCUGGCCAUGAAGAUGGAGUUCGUUGCAACAGGAAGUUGAUUGGAGUUCGGUACUUCAACAAAGGUUAUGCUGCAGCAUUAAAAACUCCUCUUAACGAAUCCCUUAACUCUGCUCGUGAUCUGGAGGGCCAUGGCACCCAUACCUUAUCUACCGCUGGUGGUAACUUUGUACCCAACGCUGGUAUUCUUAACAUUGCCAAUGGCACUGCUUCAGGUGGAUCACCAAGAGCCCGUGUGGCUGCCUACAAGGUCUGCUGGCCACAAACCGAGACUGCUGGCAGCUGCUAUGAUGCAGAUAUCAUGGCUGCCGUUGAUGCUGCAAUUAGUGAUGGUGUUGAUGUGCUCUCAAUUUCUCUUGGUGCCACUGUUCAGAAUGAAUUUUUCAUGGAUGGGAUAUCAAUAAGUUCCUUCCAUGCUGUUAAGAAUAAUAUUGCUGUGGUUUGCUCAGCUGGCAAUUCUGGACCAGAUUGGGAGACUGUAACAAAUGCGGCUCCAUGGAUUUUCACAGUUGGGGCUAGUACAACAGACAGGAAUCUUGCUAACUAUGUUUCUCUUGGAAACAAGAAGCAAAUCGAGGGAGUAAGUCUUUCAGCUUCAGGCGUGCCAGGUGGAAAGUUCUAUCCAUUGAUCAGUGCUGAAAAUGCCAAUAUUGCAAACGUAUCCACCACAUCCGCUCUGGUUUGUUAUGCUGGAAGUCUUGAUCCCAUAAAGGUGAAAGGCAAGAUUGUGUUGUGUCUACGAGGGGAGAAUGCAAGAAUUGAAAAGGGUACUGAGUGUCUUAGGGCAGGUGCUGUAGGUAUGAUAUUGGCUAAUAGUGAGAUUGAUGGGAAUGAUCUUUCAGCUGAUCCUCAUGUGCUACCUACUUCACAUAUAAAAUAUACUGAUGGCCAAAUCAUAUUUGCUUACCUUAACGGAACCAAGAACCCCACUGCUUCCGUUACCGAUGUAAAGACAGUAUUAGGAGUAAAGCCAGCACCAUUUAUGGCUGCAUUCUCAUCUAGGGGACCCAGUAAAAUUGAGCCAACAAUUCUCAAGCCUGAUAUCACUGGACCAGGAGUGAGCAUACUUGCUGCUUUCACCGAAGCAGUAAGUCCCACUGGAUUAGAUAAUGACCAACGCCGGUUUCCAUACGCUGUACUCUCUGGCACUUCCAUGUCAUGUCCUCAUGUUGCUGGCAUUGUUGGCCUUCUCAAAACACAGUACCCUCACUGGAGUCCGUCAGCUAUCAAAUCUGCAAUCAUGACUACAGCAAAAACCCAAGAUAACACCAGGAAGUCAAUUCUGGAUGCAUCCACUGUCGAAGCGACACCAUUUGCCUAUGGUUCAGGACAUGUGAACCCAAACAGUGCAAUGGACCCUGGACUCAUUUAUGACGCUACCACUGAAGAUUACUUGAACGUCUUAUGUGCUCGUGGCUACAAUGAUACCAUGAUCCGAUUAUUUUCUCAGAAGCCUUAUUCAUGUCCCGAUACUUUCAGUCUAGAGGACUUCAACUACCCUUCAAUCGCAGUUCCUAACAUCCAAGCACGCAAUGUGACUCUUACUAGAACAGUAACUAACGUUGGUUCUCCAGGCACAUACAAAGCGCGUGUUAGGCAGCCCUUUGAAUUUUUCGUCACUGUCAAACCUAGUGUUUUGGAGUUCAAGACAACUGGUGAAAAGAAGACCUUCCAGGUUAUUAUUACGCCCAAUUUUGCCAAAUUAGGCACUAGAGCCGGCUAUGUAUUUGGAGAUAUGAUUUGGUCAGACGGCAAGCACUCAGUCAGGAGUCCUAUUGCAGUGAAUCUUGCUAGCUAGAAAUAAAAAAAAUAGGUCCAUUUUUAAGAUGUUUUCAUUUGCUAGAGCCUACGGUGUUCUAUGUUGAAAGAACAGAAUUCGUCUUUCCUCUUGGACACAAUAAUUAUGUAAUCCUAGUUCUAGUUGAAAAUGAAAACAGAAACAUCAAGAUGAUUUGAUUAUUUGAUUGCCUUAUGUAUCU